CAGCUCAGAGUCCGGUGGAGAAAGGAGGAGGCAACUCCAGAUUUAGUACGGACACGGGUGACAUCUACCGGCUCCAACUCUUCUUCACGAAUUCAUGCGCUUACUCUUUCCUCUCCGGUGGCUGCUAUUUAAGGGCAGGCAGGCGCUCGGACGACAGGUGCUUCGGACGCUGAGGGGGGCUUGGCGGCCGAGUUUCUCCCGGCCCCUCCGAUCGCGCCAUGAAAAAGGCUGGCUUGGAGAACCCGGCUUUCCAGUCUUCCAGCCCGGAUCUUGUCGACCCUCGGCUCCCUCCGGCCACCCCGAGUUACUUACAGUCGCAGAGUUUUGACCCAGACGAGCAACUCUGCGGGAUCGGCCGAUGCACUCCUCAAGCCCUGCAAGUCUGCAACAACGUCAAAGGCUACUUGGUCUUCUACAGCCUCCUGUCGGUCUUCCAAGGGAUUAUUGUAAAUGGAUUGAUAAAUGUCAGCAUUUCUACAAUUGAGAAGCGUUAUGAUUUGAGCAGUUCCCUCACGGGCGUAAUCUCUGCUGGUUAUGACAUUUCAUUCUCCAUGUUAUGCCUUUUCAUAUCCUUCUAUGGUGAAAGAGGUCACAAACCAAGAUGGCUGGCUUUGUCCUCUUUUCUGAUCGCUACAGGAGCAUUAGUAUUUUCUUUGCCACAUUUUACUACUGGACCAUACACAUAUGGAGAAAAAGCAGAAGACAUCUGUCCAGUACCUCUUUCUGGAGGCCAAACCAUGCCGUGCCGCAGCAGAUCUAAACUUUCCAACUACUUCUAUGUUUUCUUGCUGGGUCAGUUCCUUUUAGGAGCAGGUGGAACUCCUCUGUAUACACUGGGCACAACUUUCAUCGAUGAUAGUGUCCCAAAACACAAAGCUUCAGUCUACAUAGGAAUUGGAUAUGCCAUGUCACUGCUGGGUCCUGCCAUUGGCUAUGUUUUAGGAGGACAGUUGCUGAAUGUCUAUGUUGAUUUCAAUCGUAAUAUAAGAGUAGACCUCACUCCAGAAGAUCCCCGCUGGGUUGGAGCAUGGUGGAUAGCCUUUGUGAUAUGCAGCUUCUCUACAUGCCUUUUAGUAGCACCAUUUUCAUAUUUCCCAAAGCAUUUACCAGGUACAAGCAAAAUACGAGCAGAGAAGAUUUCUGAAGCACAUCAUGAUGGAAAACAGACGUAUGAAUAUACUGGGAGGAGUAUUAAGGACUUUCUUAUGAUACUUUGGAUGCUGCUGAGAAAUCCCGUGUUGAUGUAUCUUGUAAUAGCAGCUGCAUUAGAAGCUUUAGUUGCUACUGGUUUUGCAACUUUCUUGCCCAAAUUUAUAGAAAAUCAGUUUGGAUUUACAUCUAGCUAUUCAGCUACUUUAGGAGGACUUGUCUUAAUCCCAGGAGCAGCAAUUGGCCAAAUCAUAAGUGGUACCUUAAUUUCCAAGCUGCAAAUGAAUUGCAAAACUAUAAUCAAGUUUAUUAUUUCUACUUGUACGCUGGCACUGCUAUUAAACAUAGUGUUUGCAAUUGCUAAAUGUGGGAAUGAACCAUUUGCUGGUGUUUCUGAAACAUAUAAUGGGACAGGUACGUUAUUAAACUUAACAGCACCCUGCAAUGCCCAUUGUAGAUGUUUGCGUUCAGACUUUUUGCCCAUCUGUGGUGCAGAUGAAGUCCAGUAUUUUUCUCCAUGUUAUGCAGGAUGUACUGUUGUGGUUCCUCAGAAGCAUGGAAGAAAGCAUUACAGCGAUUGUUCCUGUGUUGGGAAUCCCAUACUUGAAAUUGAGAAUACCUUCCAUGGGGCCACUUCUGGAAAAUGUAAAUCUAAGUGCACAGUCCUGCCUUGGUUCCUUAGCUUCUUCUUUUUUGCGGUUGUUUUUACUUUUAUGGCAGUUACACCAACAACUGUGGCCAUUCUCAGAUGUGUGCCAGAAAAUCACAGAUCGUUUGCUUUGGGGGUUCAUAUGCUCUUUCUACGACUUUUAGGCACUAUUCCUGGCCCGAUCCUUUUUGGUAUCUCAAUAGAUAAUUCUUGCACUCUCUGGUCUAUAGAUAGAUGUGGACGUAAAGGAGCGUGUUGGACCUAUAACAACACCAAAAUGGCAUAUUUGCUAUUUGGUAUAAGUGCAUGUUCCAAAGCAGUUUCUCUAAUUUUUACUAUCGUAGCAUAUGUGUUAUAUAAGCCUCCCCCAGAUAUCAUUGCAGAUUCGAAGGCAGAUCAAACAAGCAAUUCAGUACGUCUUUGAAUAAGGAACAAACUAUUAUUUCUAGAGAAAGUCAAAGAAAAAAUCUCAGUGAAGUCCAAUGGCAGCUGUAACUUCUGAGUACCAGCACUGGAGGACUCUGAGCAAGUCAUUUAAUUCUUUUUUUAAAAAAAAAUAAACACUUUUACUUUAAAUCCAUUUUACUUCAAGUGUAUCUCAGUCACAUGAAACUUUUUACUCUCUCAAGAGAAUAGUAUGAUUUUUGUAGUGUAGAAUGUCUAAAUAUUUUAACCCAAAAUCAACUUUAGAAACUCAUUUAAUUGGUUGUAGGAGGAUAAGCAAUUUCCAUGGGACAUGAAAGUACUUUUAUAAGAAACAGCAUCUCCAAUUUUGGCCUGUAAAAGGCAAGCUCAAUCUUUCAAUCUGAGUGCCACCAUCUUGCCUGUUAGGACUCAGGACACUGAGAGGAUUAUGGGCCAGGAUUAAACCAAAAUGAAAUAAAAUUAAAUCUGUUAGCAUGAUUACUAACCAAGUAGUUACUAAUUUUUCACAUUAAUACAUUUUAAAAUUAUACCUUUAUGUAUUUUAUUUACCUCCCCAUUUCUACUCUGGUAAGUACUCAAAGGCAGCUUUCAAAAUUAAUGUCCCCAUCUCAAAAUAUCAGAUUGCUCAAGUGUCUAUGAAGAUUCUCAAUCAUCCAGGUCAUGGUUGUCUUAAAGGUGCUUUUUCAAGAGGCAACUAGACUUUCUGGUUUUUCUUUGAAGAUGUUUUGCUUCUCAUACAUAUGGUGGAAUUCCACACCAUACACUCAGAGCUAAAGAAGCUUCUUGGGUGAGAAGCAAAACGUCUUAAAAGAAAAAUUGCCCAAGAUUAAAAACAUUUACUAAAAUUAAUCUUAGUAUGUGCACAUAAACCAUUGAACAAUUAAUUUUCUAAAUGCUGAAAGAGUGGAGGCCAAUAUUAUUUCCAAGGAAAUACACUGUAUAAUGUGGGAACAACACAGAACUGAGGUCCAAUUCUACAUGUCACAAAAAAUGGCUUUUUAAAGGUCAUCGUCAGAAGAGCAGUCCUUCAGAUAGUGAGAUCCUAAACUCUAUAGGAUUAGGGGGAUCAAUGCCAACACUUUGGGGGUUGGGUUGGACUAGAAGAUCUCCAAGGUCCCUCCCAACUGUUAUUCUGUUACUUUAAAUUGUGCCAAGUAACAAACAACUGGCCCUAUGCAGAUAUUUUGAUAUAGGUAUCAUAUAAUGCUUGAGUCAAAAAAGUCUAGUUGUCAGGGUUUUUUGCUCCAAAUGCAAUUUCUGGAUAUUUUUCAGAGGUAGGCCUACAUUAAGUAUAUGGGAAUAGUCACGAUAGGAUAUAAUCAAGGCGUGGAUAGCCAUUAUGAAAUCUGAUUGGUUCAGAACAAGUCCCAGCUGAUAGAUAUAAUUAUUCAGAGGUUUACCUCAGCUACCAUGUAUGAAUCCAAUCAUAGCUUAGAAUCAAAGACCAUUCUCAGAUUGAAAACUUAUUUUUUCUAUGGGAAGUGGAACUCCACCUGAAAGAUUCCCAUAUGCAUUUUCCUAUUUACCAACAGUAUCACCAUCUCCUCCAAGUUUUACUUCAGUAUAUUUUUCCUUAUUCAACCCUCUUGUAUACUUGGAGUUGGGUGCGAUAGAUGAGGAUAGUUUAAGUUGGUCAGCAUGACACACUCUUUUAAAAUUUCAGCUGAAUUUCCCCAAGAAGGAACCCUGAGGAUCAUCAAAGAUUGUCAGCCCUGAUCUUGAGCAGUAGUCCUCUGACACUACAUCCUAAACAUGGCCUGGCAGUACUAGAACUAUUGUAAGUGAUGCCUUCAUUGCCCAGUCUUGCCAGGCAGUCUAAAUGGAUGUCAUGAGAUUCAAGAAGUCCAACAGUUUAUACUAUUUCCUUUCAGUUUCUGAUGUAAGUCAUCUACCAAGGGAACCAGUGUAGUUUCCUUACCAUGACAAACUGAAAGUCUAAUUCAUAUAGAGGUAGAAAAUUAGUAUCAUUCACUUCUGUCUGAAGUUGUAAGACCUCUAUCUUCUUGUUCAUCUUUCCCGAAACUAGAAUAUUUGACAAUGACCUAUAAUUAUGCAGAUCUUUCAUGUCAAAGAACUUUCUCAUUAGUAAAAGCAUUAUUACUUCCUCUUGCAAAGAGAUACAGAUCACUUCCUUUAAGAAUUGAUCCAUUUACUCAGUCAAGGAGAAGUCCAGGAUUAUUAUAGCAAAUUUAAUCAUCUGGAAGCACAAAUUACAGAUUAUGCUAUUGCUAGGUUACAGCCCUAAGAGCUGCCCUAAAGGUGGUAUGAAGACUGAGAUCUAAUCAACUCAGUUCAUUAAGAACAAUGGGAGUAACCCACACUGAACCAAUAACUGUUUCACCAUACUCAGAAGUCAAAACUGGAGUUCUCCAGAAUUAUUCAAAAUGGUCUUGGGCCAUUUCCAAGGACUUGAUGAACUGUGACUAAGACUUUCAGCACUGAUGUAUUAAUUUCAGCACUCAUAGCAUUUCAAGUAUUCCCUUGAUUCAUAAAUGCUAAGUGACAUUUUGGCCUAUAUUUAUAAGAAAUCUCUGGCUGCAGAUAUCAUGAGAGACCAUUGUUAUUUGCAUUUAUGAAUACUACCCUGUAGUAUUUGCAUGGAAUACUGCCCUGCUAUAGUGUUCAUCUACUUCAUAUUGUUUCAUAUUGUUAUCCGAGAAUGGUUUGGAUUGUCAGUAGCAAAUGGGCAAUGUAAAUAAGACUGUUGAAUGGCAGAUUUAACUGCAACAUGUAAACAAGAUACUAGAUCAGGGAAAGCAGCUAUAAUCUCUCUCUCUCUCUCUCUCUCUCUCUCCCUCCCUCCCUCCCCGUCCCCUCCCUCUCCCUCUCCCUCUGUGUGUGUGUGUGUGUGACUGUGUAUGGCUAUACAUACAUACAUACACAUAUAUAUACAUACAUAUAUAUAUAUAUAUAUAUUCAUAGGUUUUCACAGGUAUAGGUAUGUAGGUCUUGGCAUUUUUGGGUCUUUUCCCGUGAA